AUUUGCUGGUGCGGCAUCCAAGCGCCGGCGAUGGCGAACGCUCUCCCGCUGACGGCGCCGCCGAAUGAAGGACAGGUCAGUCCGAGCGGACCCAACGUCUCCCCGGACACGCAAGUCUUGACACAAGCGUUCCACGUCCCUCCUCAUCAACGCAGCAGAAAGGCCGCGGAGAAGGCGACGGCCGAUGCCGGCGGACGUCUCGGUCUGGACGGCGGACUCGUCCGGCUUGGAUCGACGCGCCACGGUCUGAUGAAUGCAAAAGAAGUGCCACCACCUAAGCUCAGCAUGAUGAACUCGUACUACGCUGGGCAGUUGAUUUGGGUGUCUAUCACGCUCUUCGUCGUGGGGCUGGUUGCAGUCCUCGCGUCGCAGUACGAAGACUUUGUGCAAUCCGUCCUCAAACAGAAUGCCGUGACCCAGCAUUCUGCGUGCAUGACGGUGCUUCCGAUCCUGGGGUCGAUGGCCGUGAUCAAUGUCGGACUCUCGUUUCCCGCCAUGGGCUGGCAAUUCGCGACGCUGUACAAGCUCGUCCAUCCUGCGUCGACGACAGUGCUGCGCCUCAAAUUUCUGUAUUGGUGCGAGACCAUGUUCCUACUGCAGUACAUUGCCGGCGUUGUGGCACUCAUCUCGUUUGUGUUUUACGCGAUUCGCUUGCGCAUGGACUACGACGGGUUCAACUCGAUGUGGGGUCGCAUUGCGUGGAGCGUGAACGCGCUGCUCGUGCUGCUGCUGGCAUACCAAUGGGUCGUGUUUGAUCGAUUCCGCACCCACCAGAAACAACAACUUGGCGCGCCCAACGAACUCGAACACGUUGGGAGCUGGAAAUUUCGCCGUUGGGUCUCUGGGCUCAUGGGCAAAAAAGCCAAGACAACCAGCGAAUUUCGCGCCGAUCUGUACGCGUCUGUGAAGCGAGGGAAGCUCCUUGAAGUCCAGACGCUGUUGGCAAACGCGCUCGAGGGCCUCAACACUGACGGCGAGCGAGCAAUGUUUUUCUGGAAGCUGUACGCGACGCCCGCGAUGGUCCUCGGACUGUACGCCAACCGCACAAAGAACCCUCUGCACAUUGCGUGCCAGCAAGGCGAUGCCGAGAUGGCGCGCGUGUUGCUCCAAGCAGGGUUGAACCCGAACUUUCUCGACAAAAUGGGCGGCGUCGACUUGGGGAUCGGGUCGGUGUACCAGUGGUUGUGGCGGCGCCACAACCGGACCAAGUACGUUUUGGUCUCGCCAUUGCACGUCGCUGUGUCGCACGGCCACUUGGAUUGCGUCGACGCAUUGCGUGAACACGAAGCAAACAUGGACAUUGUGGCCGUGACGGAUGUGUUUUCCAAGGACCUGGCGGUCCCGCCGUUGUUUUAUGCGGAUUCACGAGUCACGGCCAAGGCGCUGCUUGGGUACGGCGCGAACCACUUGAUGGUGCCGAGCUUUGGCACAGCCAUGUCGACGACCGUGCUGCAGCACAACUUGUUCUUGGACCGAGUGGGGCUUGCGCGGUUGUUGGAAGAUCAUGGCUGUGACUACGCGUUGACACCGUUGCAUGCGUUGGCGGCGGCAGGCGACGUUGCCGCCGUUCAGUACUACCUGCGGAAAGGCGUCGAGCCGGAUGUGCUGGGCGAGUACUAUGUCGGGCUGAACCAGCGCACGCCAUUGCAUUGGGCAGCGGUGAUGGGUCGCACCCGAGUCGUGGAAACUCUCCUCCAGCAUCGCGCGACGGUCGACUUUAUGGAUCGAAUGGGCCGAACACCACUGCACUGGGCGGCUCGGCACAACCAAGUCGGCGUGAUCAAAGCGCUGCUAUCGUACCAUGCGAGCCCGACCAGUCUGGACGACAGCAACAUGACCCCGUUGGAUGUCGGCGCUCACAGUGGCUCGAUUCGCGAAGACGCGAUCCGUGCUCUGCUGGACAGGACAAGUUUGAACAUCAACCGCGCGUACUGCGGCGAAACGCCGUUGCACUUGGCGUUGAAGCAAGGCCAUAAGGACACCGCACUCGCACUUGUCGCGUGCGGCGCCGACAUUUACGAGGUCAACCACGACGGCCGGCGCGCGAUCGACUGUUGCAUAUCGGCUGAGCUCCAGUACUCGAUCAAGAAAGCGAGCGGCAGCGUCGACGUGUACAUGUCGUACGAACCACCGUACUACGCGUUCGCCAAGUCGGUGUGCGACGCGAUCGAAGCCAAUUUUAUCUCGGUGAACCUUCGGCCCGUGCUCGAGACGGUGCCAAACAAAACCCUGCUCAAGGGCGUAAGCGUCGUCCUGUGCGUGCUCUCGGAAGGAUAUGGUCGCCACAACUUGUGCAUGUCCGAGUUGGCGCUGGCGAAGCAGUAUAGUGUUCCGGUCGUUGCCGUGAAUUGCGACUGCGGCCCGUUGUCCGAGGAGCUGCAAGUGUACCUCUUCACGCGGCAGAUCAUUCCGUUCCAGCGCAGUGUCAUUCAAAAGGCGAUCGAUCCGCUGACCAGUGGCCUGUAUGCGUUCACGAUGGACCAUGAUGUGUUUACGCAGUCGCUUCGGUCCUUGCUCGAUGGGCUGCGCGACGAAGUUGAACUCCACCGUCUUGGCAAGAGACGCAACCCCCAUGGCAUGGCGAAUGGACUCGCCAAAACAGUCCUCGGCACGUCAUCGCGGUACCUGCAUGCCGCCACGCCCUCGAAACACAAACCGCAUUCAAUCUUUGUCUCGCACGGCGACUGCCACCCCGAAUUUGUUCAACAGCUCCGGUUUCACUUGCGCCAACGAGGCGCGUCCGUGCUCGUCGACUCAAACUCCAAUGUACCCCACGCGAUACAAGGCGACGUGAGUUCAUCGUGACGGUGUGUAGGUGUCGGGGCUGAAGGAGCGCGUGGUUGCCGCCAAGGACGCGAUUCUCCAGUGCCAACUCUUUCUCGUCGUGCUGUCGGCCGAGAGCAUUUUGACAUCUCUCGUCAGCGACCAGCUUGCGUUUGCAGAAGACAAGGGAAAGCGCAUUGUACCGAUUUGCUUGCAUUCGAAACUUGCUGGCGCCGGUACGUUGCGCAUGAGGGUGUUUGUGUCAGCGCACUCGUUGCAGGAAAACUCGCCGGGUUGUUUCAAAACCGACUGCUUGUGUUUGCCGACGACUUGGGGUUCGAGCACGGAAUGGACAGCCUCGUGGAAUGCCUCGACGAAGUCAGUAGUUCCGCGCCGCAGGACGACGCCGUUGCCAUCAGCAAGAUCCAAGCCGAGCUGCAUGCCGCGUAGGACACACAACGGACGGCGUGUGUUUUUGUGUGUGUGUGUGGAGUGUUUUGAAUAAUAAAGAGUGGUUACGCCACGGCCAUCCUGCCUUCCAUCA